AUGCGCGCCACAAUUGCCCGCUCUCUGCGACUUGGGCAGACUGUCCCGUCCGCCACGGCCUCUGCGCUUGGCCGCAGUGGCUUUCCGCGAGCCUUCUCCAGCUUCAGCCCUGCGUUGAAUUAUAGCCCUCCGCGGGGUUGGACUCCAACGCCAUUUGUAACAGAGACAGUGGGCGGUGGCUGGCAUACUUGUAUACCCUCGAAUACCUAUGUGGCUUCCACAAAGACUGACGAAGAACAGGAACGAAUCAUCUGCCUCAAUGGCGAAGUCAACGAAACCAUGUCCGCCUCCAUCGUCGCCCAGCUCCUCUUCCUCGAAGCCGACAAUCCCAAGAAGCCCAUAAGCCUCUACAUCAACUCCCCCGGCGGCUCCGUAACAGCGGGUAACAACCUCUCUCCUACCCUCACACAUCGGAACAAUCUAACGUUCUCAGGCCUCGCAAUCUACGACACAAUGACCUACAUCUCCGCCCCAGUAAGCACCAUCUGCGUCGGUCAAGCCGCCUCCAUGGGCUCUCUCCUCGCCGGCGGCACAGCCAGCAAGCGUUUCUGCCUCCCUCAUUCCUCCAUCAUGGUGCACCAGCCGUCGGGCGGGUACUUCGGACAAGCGACCGACAUUGCGAUUCACGCGAAAGAGAUCCUGCGCGUGCGCGCGCAACUAAACAAUAUCUACCUGCGGCAUCUGAACGGGCCGAAGAAGAUGACGCUGGAGGACAUCGAGAAGCUGAUGGAGCGGGACUAUUUCAUGAGCGCGGAAGAGGCGAAAGAGAUCGGGAUUAUUGAUGAGAUUCUGGACCACCGGGUUAAGCAGGAAGCGGAGAAGUCUGAGUAA